UAAUAUUGUUAAUUUAAUAUUGUUUCCGUGCAUCGCACGGGGUAUACACUAGUAUUUAUUAAAUUAAAACUACUUUAUACUAAUACCAGUGUUUGGUUUUGCCCUAAUUAUCCCACAUUCACAACCUUGAACGUAUUGCGAUGGCACCGCCGUGGUGGGCCGGAAGAAAGCCUUCGGAAGACGAGCAAGUGCGUCAAAUUGCUUCAAUUCGCCGUCUAAGAGAUUUGGUCGAUAAUGGCUUUUGCUUUGGAAUAUCCGAAAACAGCUUUCAUCUGAUCUUGAAAGCCAUAAUGCUGAAACCCCGUAAUCAACUGUUAUGGGAAACAAGGCGUUGGUUGCUUCAGGCGUAUGGGCGUAGUAGGAAGCUCGAACUGGAAUAUUUUAGGACCUUGGAUGGUGAGGCUGGUGAUAUUCUCAAAAAAUCAUAUGAAAUAUGGUUCCAUAGAUUUUGGCUUGCUAAGGCAAUUGGGCCUGAAGCUACAAAGCAGGAGGUUGAUUCUAUAAAGAAUUUUUUGGUAACCAACCCUGAUGAUUCUCGUCUGUGGUACAUCUUCAUUGAUAUUGUCCAACAGUUUAGACUUCCCGAUUUGGGUGGCGAAUUUAAAUUUGUAGACAACUUCCUAACUAAUCAUCCGAUGGCUUGUGGUGCAUGGGCUUACAGAAAAUUGCUUGGUCAGAGUCCGUUUACGAAUAAGCUUGAAGCUCUGAAGUUCACAGAUGGCAUUUUACUUGGUAAUGUGAAUAAUCUGGAUGCAUGGACCCACAGAAAUGAUAUUUGUGAUAUGCUUGAUCUUAAUGAAAAGAACAAGGAGCUUGAGGACAUGAAGUAUGUUUAUGCUCACGAGGAUUACAGGACGUGUAAAUAUUUUUGGUACUCCAGACACUUCAUUGCUGCGUCCUUCCCCAAGGAGCUCAGCACCAAUCUUGCUAAUUUGGAGCUUCAGUUUUCUCGUGAAGUUUUGCUGCUCGACAUAAAAAACUGCUACGCCUGGUUCCAUAGGCGAUGGGUUUUUAAAAUACUCGGGACUAUCGAUAAAGAAGAUGAAUUGAAGUGGACAAGACACAUUAUUGAGAAGGAUGUAAAUAACAGAUUCGCCUGGUUUCAUAGAAAGUGGCUAGUUAAAGAAUUUGGAGGAUCAGAUGAUGAGCUUGAGUUUUGUAACGAGAUCCUUCAAAAAGACGUUUGUUGUGCCUUGGCUUGGAAUCAGAGAGCCUUUCUUGUUUUGGAGUACGCUGAAAAUCUUUCUGACGAGAUGCGGGAGGCAGAGGUAAAAUAUGCCACAAGAGCCAUUUCUCGGGACCCCAAGAAUGAGUUCGCUUGGAAGUAUCUAGUGCUGUUGUGCACACCAUGCGUCUGUUAUGACUCCAUGAUAGAUGAAGUUUUUUUCUCUCUUUUAUCGCCAAUCAUGAAUGUGAUUAAUGGGGGCGUCAAGGAUAAAAGCAGUCUUUUUGUCAAUGUUCUUGGCACACUUCUAGAACUUUCAUGCUGCGGUUAUCGACCAAGCCAAUGCAUCGGUGACAUGAUAACUAAACUAUGCUUGAAAGCUUCGGGAAUGAUGAUGUCAUCAGGUUUAAAGGUCCCUGUUAGUGACUUUAUCAACAUCAUUAGUACUAUACUGGUAUAUGACGAUCCCACAAAAGCUCAUUUUUGGGAAUGUCUGAAGUCGGAAAUAAUAACCAAUUAUGCAAGCAUAUGCUCUAGUGGAAGUGUAGAACAACUUGGGCAAAAUGGGGUUGAAAACCAAUCAUGAUUUGGUGCUUGUUAUGUAUUAAAUGAAAUUGGGAUUUGUGUUGUUAGGAACAAUGGUUUUAUUGUAUUUGAUCAUAUUUUUGUCGACGGCCUGCAUGUUUGGAGAUUACUUUGUGUUGGUCAAAUAUGCAAUGCACUGCGCUUGUAAUGGAAUUCGAGUGUUGUAUUCACAUUUUGGUUGCUAGUAUCCGUGCUUGGAGUACUAAUCAAGUUCCUAUAAUUCAGCGUGUUUUGAUGAUAAUAUUGUAAAGCAGUGCAGAUGGCAAGGGGAUGACCUUUCUUUAGUGUUAUCAACAUGUAUAAAGAACAGAACAUUGGGCAAUUUACAUAACCGAUC